CAACGAAGCUCUUUCUACCAAGCUAUCUGGUAUACUUCAAUUCGUCGCCUAUGCCCAGUUGACUAAUUCUUCGGGAUGCUCUGGCGGGACUUGAAGGCAUGGCAGGUCUACGGGGCCAACACCGACGUUGGUAAGACCAUCGUCUCGACCAUAUUAUGUCGUGCCCUGCAGCGUCGAGCCUCGCCCAACGGUCUCCUUUACCUGAAGCCCGUCUCGACUGGACCGCAAGCUGAGGCUGACGACAGACAUAUAAGACAAUACGUGCCGGGCAUCAACUCGAAAUGCAUUUCGCAGUUCUCGCAACCAUUGAGUCCUCACCUGGCAGCCCAACAGCACGGAAAUAGUUCGAUACCCAGGUCUGACGCUUCUAUCGUCAGGCAAAUCAAAGAGAUCCUCAGCAACCACAGCCAAGCAGGCGGCAGAUACGCCAUCCUCGAGACCGCCGGUGGAGUUCUAUCUCCGGGACCAUCGGGAUCACUCCAAGCAGACCUAUACCGACCGCUGAGACUACCCACGCUUCUCAUCGGCGACAGCAAGCUAGGCGGGAUCAGCACGACCAUCUCGGCAUUUGAAUCGUUGCACGUGCGAGGCUACGAUCUCGAUUCGGUCAUCCUGUUCGACGACCCGCAAUGGGGCAACUACGGGUACCUGGAACGACAUUUUCAGGAGAAGCACGGCGUCGAGACUCACGCGCUGCCGCUCCCACCUGCAAGGAGAGAUGAUCCACGAGACGACGAGGCCGUGCUUGCCGACUACUACCAAGAAUGCUCUGAAUCGGAUUUCAUCACGAAUCUGAUCGACCUGCUGCAGCAGAAGCACUUCUCGCGCGUUUCCAAGCUGACUUCCAUGCCGUCCAAGGCCGAUUCAGUCAUUUGGCAUCCCUUCCGACAGCAUGGGAUCCCGCAUAACAUCAUUGCCAUCGACUCGGCGUACGGGGACUAUUUCCAAGCUUAUGAUCAAGAAUCCGAUCCAGCCUUGACCAACACCAACACUCCUACAACGCCCUCAAUCAACGGCGGCAGCCUCACUCCCCUUGCAGCGAUACCGCCUGCCAAACCGCUUUUGACACCCCUCUUCGAUGCCUCCGCCUCAUGGUGGACUCAAGGUUUAGGCCACGGCAACCCGGACAUAGCACUGACGGCAGCCCACGCGGCCGGACGGUACGGACACGUCAUGUUUGCCCACGCUGUACACGAGCCAGCGCUGGACUUGUCAUACAAUUUACUUUCGACACUCCAAAACCCACGCCUCAACCGUGUCUUUUUCACCGACAACGGCAGCACGGGGAUGGAAGUCGCGGUGAAGAUGGCCCUGCGUGCGUCAUGCCAGCGAUACGGAUGGAGCAAACCUGAAGAAAACAACCACACCGAACCUCCGGUUUCAAUUUUAGGUUUCAAGGGCAGCUACCACGGCGACACGAUCGGGGUCAUGAACUGCUCCGAACCCAACGUGUUCAACGAAAAAGUCGACUGGCAUCAACCGUGGGGCCACUGGUUCGAGCCGCCGUCUCUCUUAAUGCGCCAGGGGAAAUGGGAAUUGACUCUGCCUGACGGAAUGCAAAUGCAGAGCCAGGGCCGUAAUACCCAUAAAUUCUCCUCUCUCGAUGAAAUCUUUGAUUUCGACUCUCGCGCCGCCGACGCCGCGCGCUACGAGCAACACAUCAAAAGCACCCUCAACGCACUCGUCCGUGACCAAGGCCGCCGCUUCGGUGCACUGAUACUGGAGCCAUUGCUCAUGGGCGCGGGGGGAAUGAUCUUUGUAGAUCCGCUGUUUCAACGGUCUUUAAUCACCGUCAUCAGAUCGAAUCCAGAGCUCAUCGGCACACCGACUGACCCAUCCAAUACCAAUGCCAGUACCAGUACCAGUACUGCAACAAACUGGUCCGGUCUCCCUGUCAUCGCAGACGAAGUCUUUACCGGUCUAUAUCGUCUAGGCCGCGCCAGCUCAUCUUCAUUCCUGUCGUCUCCCACGGAUAACGUCACCCCUUCCACCGCCAAACAGCCACAAUCUCUACUACCAGCAUCAAUCGCUCCAGACAUUUCCGUCCACGCCAAACUCCUGACCGCAGGUCUACUUCCACUGGCAUUGACCACGGCCAGCGAAUCCAUUUUCCAGACCUUUUUGUCCGAGUCAAAGACCGACGCAUUACUCCAUGGCCACAGUUACACCGCCCAUCCGAUAGGUUGCAUGGUCGCCAAUAAAGCCCUGGACAAAUACCGCCGCAUGGACAUUGACGGGUCCUGGGAUGCGUUUAAGAAAUCCUGGCUAGUAGCUCCACCGGCAUCUACUACUACUACAACAACCUCUUCCACAUCUACCUCCUCCACAUCCUCAUCGUCUCCUUCUACAUCAUCGUCCCCCAACGUUUACUCUGUCUGGUCGCCGUCUCUGGUUGAACGCUUGUCACACCAUCCUCGCAUCCAUGGCUCUUUCGCCCUCGGCACCGUCCUCGUCCUUAAGCUUGCCUCCGAAGGCUCGGGGUACACAUCUACCGCGUCGUCAUCAUUGCAGUCACGUCUGCUUACUCUGCUCGACGCCGAGGGUUGUGGAAUCCAUUCCCGCGUCUUGGGUGAUAUUGUCUAUUUCAUGACAAGUUUGAUCACAACCCAGGAGCAGGUCGAGAGAUUAUCCAAGGCGAUCCUGCAAGCACUGGAUGAGCAGUAACGUUUGCAUGUCGGCACAGCUGCACAGCCGCGAUUCAUGUGAUUACACUUUGUUGAACAUCUUGAGUGCAUAUAAGAGGAGUGCAUGAUCAUGCUUGAAUGAUGGUCCGGAACGGAAAAUAGUACUGAGGAAUAGCCCGGUUGGAAGGCCUAUUGUAUAGAGCCUAAUCUAUCGACCACCCUAUAGCUCUUGCCCACUGAUGGCGCUUCCUACAACCCUCGCCCGAUCCACUCGCACAAGUUCAGGUGGGAGCACAGAUGAAAGUGAAGAUUGGUUGGUCUCAGCACCAAACGCAAGUGUGAGCUCAAUUGUUGCCCAUCGGCUCAUGCAAUCACACCAAUACUACAGUACAAGCCAAAACUCAUGUGUGUCUACCGGCCCAUUUGACAUGCCCAGUAGUCGAAGAAGCUUGCAAAUCCAACACAACUCCUUCAUCGCUCUGGCGAGAGUCUUCCUCGGUGCCGUAUGUAUCCUCGUAGACCAACCCAUCACCUUCCACAUGCUCCAGUAUCUUUCGAGCUGGGCCAGGCGAAUAGAUGCGGUACAGUUCAGCACGGCCACUUCGGUAAAAUACCCACAGGGAGAAGCCACCACCCUGCGUAUGAACAGCAAGAUCAUCAAUAAAAUCCUGCCCGACGUAGGCAAGGCUAGCACCGGAAAUAGUGCCUGGGAAGAUGCUUCUAGUGGCAUUGGCAGGGGACGUUGCCGGGGCUGGAUCGACUCCAAUCGUAGAGCUUCCGUCCCAUGCGUCAAAACUGGUCUGCUCGGCUUGAAUUUGGUGAAAUAAGUCAGACGGGACGUUGAACAGGACAAGCUCCCCGUUGGCAUAGAACGAAACGACACGCAAGCCCCACUCGAGAGCCUUGCCAGCAGAGUAGACCAAAGGCACACUUGGGCCUACUGACUCCGUCGUCGGAGGCAUAAACAUAAUCUUUCGAACGAGUUUUGUCGGGCCUCCUAGUGGUGCAUCACUGCCCAAGCACAGAAGUCCAGAUGAGGGAUCAGUAAAGAGCAGGUGAGAGCCGUCACUGAUCGGCACUGCACGGAAGUGAUCGCAAUCCACAGUCCUCAGAACGCCUUGGGUUUCGUCCCGCUCUGUAGGCAUCUCCGGAUCAGACCUGCUUCCAACGGGUGUAGCGGAAGUAGGAAAGGGCAGAUUGCCAAAGAACAACCUCGUCAAUGUCUGCCGCCGGCCGUAGGCAGCAGAUGCCGGCGUGUUAACCAAUCUGGAAGUCGAAGCAUCAGCUUUGCUUGCAUGCCUGGUCAUCGGCCCUGCAGCGCUAGAGAUUAAUCUCAGCUUCUUCCUCGAGUCAAUGCCAGGUCGCUGAGGCAAGAAGUAGAGAUAAUCACUAGGCGCCGCAAGGGGAAACCAGCGACUGAGGUCUCCUCCAGUCAGGGCGUUAACCCAGUGAAGUUCGAUGCCCAGGCGGCAACCAAAUGCAACACAUUUCCGAUUGGGACAGAUGGCCACGCUUCGUGGGGGGUCCUCCGGGCUUCCAAGAUCGGUAUAAAUUGCUGUGGGCCGAGCUUGGAUUGGUAUCCCGGUAGUGGCAGAUUCUUCGUCUGAAUCACCAUGCGUAGAGCUUCCAGAGUGUGUACCACUCUGUCCAGGGAAAUGCUCAUCCCACAUAAACGGAGGACUAGGGACAAAUCCCGGUGAAGAAGUACCCCUCAACAGAGAUAAAGGUGAAACGUAGUAUCCGUUAGCUGCGCCUGCAUGCAUUUCAUGGGAGCGCACAGGUACGUGACCGUGGAGUAACUGUGAUGUCGGAGCUCGGGCAGAACUCUGGAUGUCGGUUUGUAAACCCAGGUUCAGCGGUUCGCCAACUUCAUGGCCUCGCCGAACGUCUGAUGUAUUCUCGCUGAUAUCCCAGAGCAUACCAAUGCGACCUUCAAGCAGGGCGGCGACGGCGUACCUUUCUGAGCUGGUAUCCAUACUGACCUCCAAGGCCUGUGUGCCAGCAAUGAGACGAACGAUUGGCUUCAGUGCUUGCUCUGUAUCCCAUAGUCUGUAUACCAGGAUGUCAUUGUUUUGAAGAACAAGGACAAAGUUUCCGCAUGCCGAA